AUGCGUGGAGUGCGGCUAGCUCUACAGAUUUUCCUUCUAGGGGCGGGGGUGGCUGUGGCGCUGGGGGCGAAAUGCGCCGACCCCAAGUACGAGCGCUUCUCGGGCCACGCAAUGUGCCUGAGCGCCGGCAGCUGCACCGGAAAGAACCUGAUCACGUCCGGCCUGAAGGAGGACCACGCCCUCGCCCUGCUGCACGCCAUCAACAGGUUCCGCUCGCUGGUCGCCACGGGAAGCGUCCCUGGAUUCAGUCCUGCCGGGAAUAUGCGACAAUUGGUAUGGGACGAGGAGCUGGCCGAAAUUGCGCAGCGCUGGUCGGAGCAGUGCAUCAUGAAGGAGGAUUUUUCCAGGACAGAGCGUUUCGAGGUGGGUCAGAUAAUGGGGCACGAGUGGAAGACGCCGAUCACGGAGGGCAUGAACCGCGACCCCUUCCUCCUCGACUUUCUGCUGAUGGUGUUUUGGAACGCGUUCGACAUGACGUACCCGGCCAGGCACGUGUCCGAGUUCGUGCCGCUCGAGGCCAACAUCAAAUUGACGCAGCUCAUCUGGGCCGAGUCUGCCUUCAUCGGCUGCGGACACACCAUCUACGGGGACAAUGUCCAGGGACACGUCAGCCAGAUCAAGUCGCUCUUCUGCAACUUCGGACCCAGGGGAAACGUGGAAGGUGAGAGCGUGUACGAGGAGGGUCUGCCCGCGUGCGAGGUACCCUCAGGUUACUACGAGGGCCUGUGCUCGACGAAGGAGAUCGAGGCCGCCUACCUGGACCCGUGCAAACGCAAAAACUUCGCAAAAGCCUACCCCGCGCUGUGCGACGACCGUCUCUUCUACAAAUGGAUUGGACAUGGCGUUCCAUUUCCGUACCGCUGGUGCAACUCUGGCCUGUGGAAAAGACGCUUCUGGUUUGCCUUCUGGGUGCUGGCGACGCUGCUCCUUUCGCUGCUGGUGGGCGUCGGCUUGAGGCUGAGCCGCCAAUCCCGCCGCCAGCCUGCUCCAGCUUAACUGCUUUUUCUUUGUUAGCAAAA